CACCUGGAGCUGUAUAUCUUCUCUCUGUCUUUUCUGCGACUCCUGCCAUGUUCUGAGCUUUUUAUAAUUGCUGUAUGCACUGUUUCUUCUUUGUACCAUUAGGGUUACUGAAAAGGGGGGGUCUUUGAGAGUUGUACACGAGUCCUGCAAAUGACUACUGGAUCCGGUUCGUUAAGGGGUUUCCGAUUUGAUGAUGAGACCCUCCUGCCGUGUUCGGAUCAGCUCGGGAAUCUUGCUGAUGGGCACUCCAUAUUUUCCGAACCCUCCCCAAACUCUAGUUUCACUGGGGACCAUCAUCAGCUGCUAGUUCAUCAUCAGGAACCCGGUGGCUUUUCUGCCCCAUCUUUGGUGCUGAACACACAGGCAGAUUCUCUCCCUUUCGAUGACAAUGAUUUCUCGGAAACCGUCUUCAAUUAUAUCAGUCAGAUGCUCAUGGAGGAAGACAUGGAGGAGAAACCUAGUGAAUUUCACGACCCUUCAGCUCUUGAAGCCACUGAGAAAUCCUUGUUCGAGGCCCUGGCUGAGCAAUGUCCCUUUUCCCCUAGCAAUUUCACAUGCCCACCAUAUUCCCUAGAUAAUAGCUUCAACAAUAAUGAUUCUGGAAAUAACACUGAUUACGGUGGUAAACCCAGCUCCCCCAGUAGUUUCAACUCUAUCGAACCUCAGUGGAUCGGUGAUUUCGGAGAAAACAACCUUGCCCUGUUGCAAAGUCCUAUAUCAAAGAACUUCAUUCUUCAAUCUACUGCAAACUCUGGCUUGCAGCCGGCGGAUCUCUUGGUGAGUACGCCGCAAGUUCCAAACUUGUAUACUCAGAGCGAUUUGGCCUUGCAGAUUCAGAGAGGAGUAGAGGAGGCGAGCAAAUUCCUCCCAAAAGGUAAUCAGUUCUUCACUGAUUUGGAGUCGAGUUCAUUCAACCUGGCCCCGAAGAAGAAGCCGUCGACAGGUUUAGUUAAGAUGGAGAAGGAAGAGGAGCAGUAUUUGUCUCCUAACGGGAAUAAGGAGAAGAAGAAUCACGAGAGGGAGGAGACAGAAUUUGACGAACAGAGGAGCAACAAGCAUUCGGCAGUUUAUGAGGAGGAAGCGGCUGAGCUUUCGGAGAUGUUUGAUAAGAUCCUGAUCUGCCCUCAUGAUCACAUAGGGGGAAGACCCCAUUGUCACGAGCGCAGGGAAUUUUUGAAUAAUGAAGUGAAAGAAAAACAGAAGCCGGAUGGGCAGAAUAAUGUCUCUAAUGGUGGUGGUAAAGCUGCAACGAAGAAACCGAGCAAUAAUAGCAGCAAUAACACUACCACUAAGAGAGCAGUGGAUCUGAGAACACUCUUGGUUCUAUGUGCACAAGCUGUCUCCACCGAUGAUCGAAGAACUGCUAGGGAGUACUUGAAGCAGAUUAGGCGGCACUCUUCCCCGUUUGGCGAUGGAUCCCAGCGGUUGGCCCACUGCUUCGCUAAUGGGCUUGAGGCCCGGCUGGAUGGGAACGGCACACAGAUCUACAAUGCCCUGUCCUCGAAAAGGACAUCGGCCAUUGAUAUGUUGAAAGCAUACCAAGUUUAUGUCUCGUCAUGCCCAUUUCAGAAGAUGGCGAAUAUCUUUGCAAACCACACAAUCCUGGAUUUAGCAAGGAAGGCAACAUCCACCCUCCAUAUCAUUGAUUUCGGGAUAUUGUAUGGGUUCCAGUGGCCUACACUCAUCUUCCGUCUCUCGAAGCUGCCCGGUGGGCCCCCGAAGCUACGCAUCACGGGAAUCGAGCUUCCACAGCCUGGAUUUCGGCCAGCUGAGAGGGUCCACGAGACAGGACGCCACCUGGCAAAAUGCUGUGAGCGCUUCAAUGUCCCUUUUGAGUACAAUGCGAUUGCCCAGAAAUGGGACACCGUACGGACUGAGGACCUGAAGCUGAGGAAUGAUGAGCUUAUUGUCGUGAACAGCAUGUUCCGGUUCAAGAAUCUGCUUGACGAGACGGUCGCUCUGAAUAACCCAAGGGAUUCCGUCCUGAAACUGAUCAGAAGAAUAAACCCAAGCCUCUUCCUGCAGGCGAUUGUAAAUGGGUCUUACAGCGGUCCCUUCUUCGUGACAAGGUUCCGGGAAGCUCUGUUCCACUAUUCCUCCCUGUUCGACGCAUUUGAUGUGAACUUGGCCCGGGAGGACCAGAUGAGGCUGAUGUUUGAGAAGCAGUGGCUGGGUCGGGAGUCUGUGAACGUGAUUGCCUGUGAGGGGGCUGCGAGGGUGGAGAGGCCUGAGUCAUACAAGCAGUGGCAGGUGCGGAACAUGAGGGCUGGUUUCAGGCAGGUCCCACCGGACCCUUUUGUGAUGGGAAAGAUGAGGCAUCGGCUGAAGGAAAGGUACCACGAGGACUUUGUGCUUGACGAGUAUGGGUGUUGGGCGUUGCAAGGAUGGAAAGGUCGAAUUCUCUAUGCGUCUUCGUGUUGGGUUCCCGCAUACAAUGGUCUCGUCGAUGAGGUUCUUAAACCAGAAGAGGCAGUUCACUGCAAGAACUUCGUUCCGGUUGAGUUUGAGCUCAUUGAUCUUGAUGUUCUCCCACUCUACCUGGACUGGAAUCUGUUCUGCCCUGGUCAGGUGAAUCUUUCUCUCUUUUCUGCGGGUCCUGCCAUGUUCUACGCAAGGUUUCUGAAAAGGGGGAUCUUUGAGAGUUGUACACAAGUCCUGCAAAUGACUACUGGAUCCGGUUCGUUAAGGGGUUUCCGAUUUGAUGAUGAGACCCUCUUGCCGUGUUCGGAUCAGCUCGGGAAUUUUGCUAAUGGGCACUUCAUAUUUUCCGAACCCUCCCCAAACUCUAGUCUCACUGGGGACCAUCAUCAGCUGCUAGUUCAUCAUCAGGAACCCGGUGGCUUUUCUGCCCCAUCGUCGGUGCUGAGCGCAGAGGCAGAUUCUCUCCCUUUCGAUGACAAUGAUUUCUCGGAAACCGUCUUCAGUUAUAUCAGUCAGAUGCUCAUGGAGGAAGACAUGGAGGAGAAACCUAGUGAAUUUCACGACCCUUCAGCUCUUGAAGCCACUGAGAAAUCCUUGUUCGAAGCCCUGGCUGAGAAAUGUCCCUUUUCCCCUAGCAAUUUCACACGCCCACCAUAUUCCCUAGAUGAUAGCUUCAACGAUAAUGAUUCUGGAAAUAGCACUGAUUACGGUGGUAAAACCAGCUCGCCCAGUAGUUUCAACUCUGUCGAACCUCAGUGGAUCGGUGAUUUCGGGGAAAAUUACCUUUCCCUGUUGCAAAGUCCUAUAUCAGAGAACUUCAUUCUUCAAUCCACUGCAAACUCUGGUUUGCAGCCGGCGGAUCUCUUGGUGAGUGCGCCUCAAGUUUCAAACUUUUAUACUCAGAGCGAUUUGGCCUUGCAGUUUCAGAGAGGGGUAGAGGAGGCGAGCAAAUUCCUUCCAAAAGGUAAUCAGUUCUUCAUUGAUUUGGAGUCGAGUUCAUUCAACCUGGCCCCGAAGGAGAAGCCUUCGACAGUUUUAGUUAAGAUGGAGAAGGAAGAGGAGCAGUAUUCGCUUCCUAACGGGAAUAAGGAGAAGAAGAAUCACGAGAGGGAGGAGACAGAAUUUGACGAACAGAGGAGCAACAAGCAGUCGGCAGUUUAUGAGGAGGAAGCAGCUGAGCUUUCGGAGAUGUUCGAUAAGAUCCUGAUCUUCCCUCAUGGUCACAGAGGGGGAAGACCUCAUUGUCACGAGCGCAGGGAAUUUUUGAAUAAUGAAGUGAAAGAAAAACAGAAGCCGGAUGGGCAGAAUAAUGUCUCUAAUGGUGGUGGUAAGGCUGUAACGAAGAAACUGAGCAGCAGUAGUAGUAAACCGAGCAAUAAUAGCAGUAAUAACACUACCACUAAGAAAGCAGUGGAUCUGAGAACACUCUUGGUUCUGUGUGCGCAAGCUGUCUCCACCGAUGAUCGAAGAACUGCUAGAGAGUACUUGAAGCAGAUUAGGCAGCACUCUUCCCCGUUUGGCGAUGGAUCCCAGCGGUUGGCCCACUGUUUUGCUAAUGGGCUUGAGGCCAGGCUGGAGGGGAACGGCACACAGAUCUACAAUGCCCUGUCCUCAAAAAGGACAUCGGCCGUUGAUAUGUUGAAAGCAUACCAAGUUUAUGUCUCAUCAUGCCCAUUUCAGAAGAUGGCGAAUAUCUUUGCAAACCACACAAUCCUGGAUUUAGCAAGGAAGGCAAUAUCCACCCUCCAUAUCAUUGAUUUCGGGAUAUUGUAUGGGUUCCAGUGGCCUGCACUCAUCUUCCGUCUCUCGAAGCUGCCUGGUGGGCCCCGGAAGCUACGCAUCACGGGAAUCGAGCUUCCACAGCCUGGAUUUCGGCCAGCUGAGAGGGUCCACGAGACAGGACGCCACCUGGCAAAAUGCUGUGAGCGCUUCAAUGUCCCUUUUGAGUACAAUGCAAUUGCCCAGAAAUGGGAGACCAUACGGAUGGAGGACCUGAAGCUGAGGAAUGAUGAGCUUAUUGUUGUGAACAGCAUGUUCCGGUUCAAGAAUCUGCUUGACGAGACGGUCGCUCUGAAUAACCCAAGAGAUUCCGUCCUGAAACUGAUAAGAAGAAUAAACCCAAGCCUCUUCCUGCAGGCGAUUGUAAAUGGGUCUUACAGCGUUCCCUUCUUCGUGACAAGGUUCCGGGAGGCUCUGUUCCACUAUUCCUCCCUGUUUGACGCAUUUGAUGCGAACCUGGCCCGGGAGGACCAGAUGAGGCUGAUGUUUGAGAAGCAGUGGCUGGGCCGGGAGACCGUGAACGUGAUUGCCUGCGAGGGAGCUGAGAGGGUAGAGAGGCCUGAGUCAUACAAGCAGUGGCAGGUGCGGAACAUGAGGGCUGGUUUCAGGCAGGUCCCACUGGACCCUUUUGUGAUGGGAAAGAUAAGGCAUAAGCUGAAGGAAAGCUAUCAUGAGGACUUUGUGCUUGACGAGGAUGGGUGUUGGAUGUUGCAGGGAUGGAAAGGUCGAAUUCUGUACGCGUCUUCGUGUUGGGUUCCCGCGUAGUGCUUUAGAUACUCAUUAGACUGUUUGUAGACUUACGGACUUGGAUUGUGUAUGUAUAGUUACCUUCUGAUCUUCAAUUACCUUACUGAUCUUCUAUAUCUGGGAGGAUUUUGCUUCUGUGAUGGAUGGUGGGAAUUGUGUUCUGAUCAUUAUCACACGCGAAGCAUUGCAAAGAGUAUCAUUUUCAUUUCGA